UGAAGGCUGCCGAAGCCAAAUUAGCAAUUCCUCUUCAAAAAUAUACACAGCGUGAUGCUAACUGCGCGGCUUCUGUCCUCCUCAUCCUCGUUCAACCAAAUUACCAGACUACUCACCAAGAGCCAGACUCAUCAACAACGAAGCUGCAAGAGAAUGGCUUCAACUGUCAAAGCAUCAAUUGAAGGAACCGCAGAGAAGCUCACUGCACCAUAUGGUUCUUGGAAGUCCCCUAUCACCGCCGAUGUUGUCUCUGGCGGCGAGAAGCGUCUCGGCGGCACAGCCGUCGACGGCCAUGGCCACCUAGUUUGGCUCGAAUCUCGCCCCACCGAAUCAGGACGAAUGGUUCUUGUUAAAGAACCAGAGAAACCAGGGGAUGAACCUAUCGAUAUUAUGCCGAAAGAGUUUGAGGUGCGAACAGUGGCUCAAGAAUAUGGAGGUGGUGCAUUCAGGAUUUUAGGGGACACUCUAAUUUUCUCGAAUUACAAAGAUCAAAUACUGUACAAACAGUCAAUUGUAUCUAGAGGUUUAUCUUUGAUCAUGUAUACCAUGAAGAUUGCAUUGAUCAUUGGCUGGAGGUAGGUAACUUUUGUCCGAUUUGUCGCUUCAAGAUGUCGACAGCUGAAUGAUUUGGAUUAGAAUUGUUUUUUUUUUUUUUCAUCCAUUGUAAUAGCACUGUAAAUGUAACGACAUUUUUUAUAACAUAUAUAAAUUGUUUGUUUUUAUCAUGUGAUAUGAUGUUAAUUUUUUGUUCUUGAUUUACUAUUCUGUCGUACAGCGCCGGUUCAUUCUUAAUUUAUUCAGUAAAAAAACAAAUUGGCACAGAAAUAUUAAGCCUUGCAUGGUUUUCUUCUCUUAAAAUUCUGAACAGGUAAAAUUACAAAACAGUUUUUGAAAAACAAAAAUUCAAAAAACUAUUUGGUUGUCUACAAAUAAUUUUAUGAAUUUAGAACAAUUUUUUUGUUAUUGUGUCUCAUAUUUCACACCAUUGAAUUUUGGGCUAUAUACAUACAUAUAUUUUAAAUCUGAAGUGAUUAUGUCAUUACUAUAAGAAAAAAAAAAAAAAAAAAAAAGAGUUAAAUAAAAUUAUAGUAUUAAAUAUAAUUCUUUACAAAAUAUGAUGCACUAGAGUUUAAACCUGGGAAAACCAAUAAUAGUCCACUUGUACAAAUAUUAAUUACAAGUGUUCAUUCUUAAUUUAUUAGUAAAGAAACAAAUUCGCAUACAAAGCUCUUUAUAUGUGCGUGUGUUUUCUACUUAUAUAUACAACGCAUUUUUAUGACUUGAAAUUUCAUGAAC